AUGAUCGAAACUCACCCUCACGUCAGCCCCAUCCCGCUAUUCACUGACGAAAGUCUCCCAGAAGCUGCUCGUUUCUUUUUACUAGCUCUUCAGCAUAAGGCUACCUCUGAAAUGGACCAUUCGAGGGCAAUUGACUACUGGAAUCUUCUUCCAAAGAAAAAACAGGAUCAGAUUAAUGAAGUGGCGUUUAGAAAGACCCAGAAAGUGCUUGCUCAAACGUCGAUUCGGUUUCAGCAGACUUACUUUCGGUUUCGGUACCACAGACAUCCAGUGCCUCGAAGUGUCUAUAAGGGGUACUUUUGUAUUGAAACAACGCCCAAAAUGUGCUUGAAUCUGGUGUUGGAGGUGAUUAAGGAGUUUAGUAAGGAUACGGAAGAUAUUUUAGUUAAACAGACGGUGCUGAAGUUGGAGAAACUGAACCUUGACCUGCUGUCUAUGAUAUCGUUGAAGCUGACGUCUGUGUGUUAUUUGACAGCGUAUAAAGAAGCCAAACCGUUUUUUGAUAACGUCAUGUACGUGACAAUGAAGGAAUCAUUUUUGGUUCGGAUUCUAGCUGAGCCCGUGCCUGUGUUGUUCUACCUUAGAACAGUCAACCAGCCUAAAACUGUCAUUGAACAGUUCUUGACCAGGCACGACGAGUACGACUACGAAGUGUGUGGCCCCAAUAAGUACUUUGUGCUUGUUUUGUUUAGAUCGAACCAAAGGCCCAAACCGUUUUGCACGAAGAAAUCAACCUUGUGCUACUUGACGCCAAGCUUGGCUAGAAGAAAGGAGGCUACAGUGAAGGUUAAAGCAGAGCCUGACCCUCUGACAACCGAAGCAGAGGCGGAAGGGGAAGCAGGAACCGAAACAGAUACUACCGUUCCUGAUUUGGAUGUACCUGGUCUUGAUUUACCUAGUCCCGAGGUAAUGGCUCUGGAGGCGGCAAGGUUGAUUUUAGAGGAUGAAAACGAUAGCGCAGGAAUGCAAGCUGUCCUGACUUUCAGGGAAGUCGCCCAGGCGUUAUCGCUGCUUCCAAGAAGCUCUCGUUCUAUGAAUCUUAUUAGAAGCGCCUUCAAUGCUCUCCGUGGCGGUCCUCGGAUGCCUGAAACUCUAUAUUCUCGUGCCAACCCAGAGAUCGAAGCUAUGCCUUGCCCAAUUUCCAACCGUUCUUUUAAGCACUGCAAAACCCAGUUCAUGAAGUUCAAGAUGAAGAAAUAA